AUGAUUGGAGGUCUGGAAGGCUGGCAGGAUCAGGCCUUGCACGUGUUGGGCUCGAAGCAGGGGCAUGGAGGCGUUGGACCAAGAGCUGGAGCAAGGGGGGAAUUGGGCCAUCGCGCGACAUGGGCUUGCGCUAGGCAAGCUGGCCACGUGCUCCAUUUGGGGCGGUCUGGCGCAUCACUUGGGCCUCGCAUGCGGAGCGGGCCUCGCUGGGCGCUCGAGCUGGGCUGGAGACUCGCGCUGGGCUGGAGCCCCCCACUCGUUGACCAACUAUGUCUUCCGGGGACGGUAGCAAGGCUCCAAGCUCUCAAGCACCUUUAUACUUGUGGGGAGGCUCCCUUAGUGCCUAGCAAGAAAUUCGUGGCCAACUUGCACCGCGUGACGACCGAUGCUCAGUUCCAGAAGUGGCGGGCUGCCUUCACAUCUGCCAUUCCAGAUGACGUGCAGGUCAAGCUACUGAAGUCUUGGGCUGAUAGCAAGCCUUUGGUAGAUGCGAAUGAUCCCGGCGCUAGGGUCAUUACCUUCCGUCCUUUUUACUUUUCCUUGGGCUUCAAAUUCCCACUGUCGAAGCUCUUCAAGGAGGUGUUCUGCGCCAUGGAGUGUGCUCCGAGCCAGUGUACUCCCAACGUUUACCGGGCAAUCAUGUGCUUCGAGAAUCUGAGCCGUUUCUUCACUUUGGAGCUGACAUUGCGUGAGUUCUUUUAUUUUUUCGAGGUGAGGCACUUUGAGCAGUAUGCCCAAGUUCGCACCUACAAGACCAAGCUGUUCGACGGUCUCAGUCAGGGAGAUCACGCUUGGCAUGACGACGUGUUGGAAGUUAGCGGACGGUGGGAAGGCGACGUUCGUGACGGCCCACUUGUUCCCGUGACCUAUUGCCCUGUAAAUGACAUCAGUAAGCAAUUGGAGCUUGGACCAGACAUGGCUAAGGUCCGUCGUGCUUUGAACAUCCCUCAAAAGUUUCGCGAGUGGCGCUGGCUGUUGAGCGAGUACCGAGAGGUAGAUGGUGGUCUGCCCCCUGCCGAGGAUGUCGAAAGGUGGAAGCAGAAUGGACCUGACCCUGACGAUCUGCCUACAGUACAGGAAGAGUGUUCUGCUGAAUCUCCACCAAAGAGAAAGGCUGCUAGCAAAUCUUCCAGAGGUGAAGCCACUUCUUCGCAUGCCAAGAAUGGGUCUCCAUCGAGGAAGAAGCCAAGGCUCCCUUCUGCUGAGAAGGCUCAAGUGGGGUCUGCUCCGUCAUCAUCUGCCAGGGUCAAGCAUCUCGUGGGUGCAGAUAGCACGAAGGUUGGUGGUAUGCGCGGUGCUCGGGGUGUUCUGCCCGAGCCUCCUGCCGACACGCUCGAAAACCAUGACAUGCUUCGUGAGACAGCUCGUGCCCGGCCUAGUUCUGCUGAGCGUCAAAGAGAUGUAGACAUUCCUCCUCGAAGUUCGAGUCGUCUGCAUCGGUCGAAAGAUGGAGAUCGAAGUGGGAGGUCUGCUUAUGAUCCAGCUGUUGAACCGUGGGCAGUCAAGCGUGGAGUUGAUUCAGUAUCAUUGACUCCUUUGGAGAUGAAGUUGGCGGAGGCUAAGAAGAUGAGAGAGUCAUCUGCUCGGGCUAAGGGUUCUUCUUCAGCGACGGCGGUUGGACCCAAGGUGGAUAAGUCUAACCCUGCGGGGGAUGCAUGUGUGUCUGAUCUGCUCAAGACGAACUUCCUAUCGAACCCGUCCUCAUGUGCUGAGCUGGUUGAUCACAUUCGUCAGGCAGGCGAUCUUGGCACUUUCUCGAGCCUUUCCUUGGAAAAACAAAGGGAAGCGUCAUUCCAUCUGAUUCAAAAAGGAUUGGUUUUUGCUGCAGAGACCAUUCGGAACUCAUCUGCUGUUGCCCCCUCUUCUGCUCAGCUUAGCGAGCUGGAGAAGAAGAAUGCUGAAUUGGCCAGCCAUCUUGCUGCCGAGCAGGCCCGUUAUGAGAAGAAGACGCAUGAUUUGAGGGCAAUGAUUUCUGAGCUGAAAAGCUCCCUUACCGAGAAGGAUUCUGAGCUCAACUCUCUUGCCACUGAUUUAGUUAGUCGCAAAGAUGCCUUCUUUAGUCUUGAGCGUAAGAAUGCUGACAUCUCCCUUAGCCAUGACAAGCUCCUGGCUAGAUUUCACGCAUACCACAAGUCCGCAGAAAAAUCCAAGUCUGAAGCCAUCAUAGACGCGUACAAGUUGGGCUACCUGCACUGUGCGGAUGAGGUUACUCCCUUGUAUGCGAUUGACGAUGUAGACAUCGAGACACUCUGCCCUGAUUCACCCCGUGCAGAAGGAGGAACUGAAGAGCAAGAAGUUGCAGAGGAUGGAGGGGAGGUGGACACAGUAGAUGAGAUGAUGGCAGAUGAGGCUGCUGAAGGCAUAGCUGAUCAGGUGGAUGCCGAAGAGGCUGCGACUCAUAGGUCUCCUGCCGGCGCCUCAGAGUAG